CUCAGACUCAUAAGUGAAGUUCGUUCUCUGCGGCAGCUGUGGGGGGCUGAGCGUCGCACCCCGGCUUCUGCCGGCCAGCGUCUGGGGAGUCCCCCGAAGGAGCUGCAACAGGGAAGUGCCCCCCCUGGAUGCUGCUCUGAGCAGCCUGUCCCAGGCUGUGCUGCAGGAGGGCCACCGCCUGAAGGCCUGGGGAGUCCUAGGUUCCGGCACCGGGGCGGAACUGCUGCGGCCAGCAGCCUCAGCAGACCCUCAUGGGGGCAUCCCGGACAUCAGCGUGAAUCCCGUUACCAAGCUGAUGGUCCCUGGCCCCAACUGUGCAAUGCUUCCAGCCAGUGGCCAUGCAGGAUCCGUACCCCCUGGCUACUUCAUCCACCCCAACACUGGGAAGGUGCUGCCUGAAGCUGGAAAUCUGGGGUACGAUCUGCAGGGAGCUACCCUGGUGCCCACCACUGACUUCAGUUCCGGUGGCAUCCGAACGUCAGAAGCCGCCAUCCUCCCCUAUGUGCCCUACCCAACCUGCCUGGCCACAGGCUCCCCUCCCGCCACCCACCUGCCCAUCCUGCAGCCCAGACGGACGUCACAGCUGGGGGCGCUCAUGACCGACCCCACAACCGGCAUCGAGGUGCCUGUGCUGGCUGUGACUCUUCAUCCUCAAACCAGGCAGUGGCUCACUCUUGGGGGCACAUACUGCAAUCCUCUCACCAAGACCUUGGCCCCCCUCGAGUUGGGGGGCCCCAUGGAGGACCCAGUCACGGGAAGCAUCUCGCCAAUCCUGGGAGUCGGGUUGGAUGAAAACACAGGUCAGGUGUUUGCCCUGGGGGGGCUGCGAGACGCCUCGGGGAGCCUUAUGCUGCCUGGUGACUGCUUUGAGGAGCCUCUGAGCGGGAAGACGGUCCGGCUGCAGGGAGCUUCUCGGCGGGAGGGCCAGACAGUGCCCCACAUGGGAGGAUCACAGGCCCUGCUGGACGCCAAUGUGUUGAUGGCCCAGAGACGAGUGGUUGCCAUGCUCCAGAGCUACCGGGAGAGGCCGGGGUCGAGGACACAGAGGCUUCUGGAGACUACCAUCAAGGACACGAGACAGGCACUGGGCUUGAGUCUGCACCAUGCCCUGCAGCAGGCUCGGAGACUGGAGCGGCAGCUGGGGACAGCAGAGGCCAUCAUGGCCAGUGGUGGGAGGAUAGGGAUGAUGUGCUAUCCUGGGACAGAGCUGUGGGUCCCGGUCCUAUACGGGAUGGAGAUCCCAGACCCUGAGGGCUCAGGGCUCAUGGUGCCCAUCCUGGGCAUGGAGACUGAUGGGAAUUCAGGUGAUGCCACACCCCUGGCAGGUUCAAUGGAAGAUGCUGAUGGCAAAGGUCUUAUCCCAAUCUCGAUUGGGGCUCAGGCCAUAGACCCCUUCACCGGGGAACCUGGUCCUGUCAUUGGUGCUCAGACAGACCCCUCUACCGGACUGGUGGUGCCCAUCGUCCAAGGGCUGGAGGCCCUGCCUCGGGGAGUGAGAGACCCUGGUCUGGUUCGUAGAAGCCAUUCAUACUGUUCCUUUUCCCAAUUCAUCCAGCAGCUGCACACUGAGUACCCUCUAGGUUCCAGGCACUGUGUUAGGUGUUGAGAUGCAGAAGAACUAGACGGGGCUCCUGUCGGCCAAGGAUUCCAAUCAGGAUCAUGGUUUAUAAGGGCGUUAAGGGAGCACAGGGGAGGGACGUCCAAAUCACAUGCAGGAAAGCUCAAGGAAGGCUUCCCUAAAGAGGUAACACCUGGGCUGAGUCCAGAAGAUGCCUCGAGGGGUCAACAAGGCCAAAGGUGGGGAGCGUGAGACCACGGCUGUCCCGGGAGGGUGAAGGGUGGCCAGCAAGGAAGGCAGGAAACCAAUCACCAACAGCUUCGGGUGCCUGGCUGAGGCCUGGAAAUGUGGCUUACCGUGAAAGCCAUGGGGAGCCACUGAAGGAUUCUAAGUAGACAUGUGAUGUGAUCAGAUACGAAUAUUUUUAAGACUCUUAAAUUUGGAAAACUUGGCACAAUACAAAAAGAAAAUAAAUUACUUAUAAUCCUACAUGUCUUAACGUAUGUAAAUGAAGAAGCACAAGGUCCCUCCUCCCCAUCGCUCUCCCCCAUCUGCCGUCAGCAGCUCCCCCAUGCAGACACCACUCACCUCGCCCCCAGUCUCCCACCAGUGCAGCCACUAUUAACAGGUUGGCACAUCUCCUUCCAGACAUUUUUGUGUGUGCGCAUGUGGAUAUAUCAUCAGCAUUCUAGAAAGUUCUCUCUGGCAGCCUUGCAGAGGAUGGAUGGGAGCAGGGCCAGCCUGGAGAAGGAAGGCCUGUCAGGAGGUUAUUGCAAUAAUUCAGCCCUUGGCAGGUCUCCAUGGAAAUGGAAAUGACUUCGGGUCCUCCCAUACAUUCUCAGCCUGGUUCAUUUCAGGAACAAAGAUGGAUGUGUUGUAAGAGAUUCUCGUUAGCAGCCAAGACACUUUCAUUCUUGCCCUGACUCACAGUUUCACAGAGGCGUCUGAAGGGGUGAGAUGAGGGGACGAGAACAGCUUCCCGCUGCCGCACACCCCCCUGCCCCGACCUCCCAAGAGGAAGGUGGGGGCAGGGGGCCAGGUGGCUCCACAGAGGCCGGGCUUUAGAGGGAGGGAGAAGGGGGCUGCGGUCUGGAGGCGAGGGCACAGUUAUUACGAUCAAGCCAACAGCCUCACCAGCAUAGUCCUGGACGCCGGAGAGUGAGGGAGGCCCCUGUCUAGAGGAGAGGCCCUGGGGACCUUUGAUGAGUCCCCAGGUUGUGAGGAGAAGCGUAGGAGCCGCAAACCGGUCGGACGUUGCAGCUGGACACCUUGGAGAAGGAGCUGAUAGCCCGGGAGCAGUACUGGCGGUGCCAGGAGCAGGAAGAGCUGCAUCUAGCCGAACGCCUGGGGCAGCUGAGUGUCGAGC